UAAGUAUACAUAAACAUAUAAAUUUUAGGUUGAAUAAAAUGGAAUUACAAGUACAAGUUUAUCUUCUUCUGGCGAAAAUUACAUAUAUCACAAUAAUAUCGUGAAUACUGGGUAAAGGAUAUAAUGAAAAAAAAUGUAAUGCAACACUGUCUCUGUCUGGAUUCUGGAACAAAGUGUGGAAACUGUUAAUCGCUACAACAUGGCUUUGGUAGCGCCAUCGAUUUCAUGCCACAACCACUACCAUGGACCUCUUCUUCUUCUUCAUAGACCCUGUAAUCGAUUAUUAAAUAAUACAAAUUCUUCAUUGUCAUUCAUCCCUCCUGUCAAUGCAUCUUUUUCUCUUUCAGCUGAAACACGGAACAGAGACUCUGUGGUUCUAACCCAGACUUCAGACCAUCAGCCUACCUUAUCUCAAAGUGUAAGCAAGCUCUGCGAGUCCGGAGACCUAAACGAAGCUUUUCUUCACCUGCAAAGAGAAAAUGGGCUUACCAGCAUGGCAGAGCGAGCUGACACCAUUAGUGCUCUCUUACAGGCUUGUGGCCAAAGAAAGGAUAUUGAGACGGGGCGAAAAGUUCAUGAGCUGGUUUGGGCGUCGAUCCAAUUCAGCAAUGACUUUGUUCUUAAUACCCGUCUCAUCACAAUGUACUCCAUGUGUGGAUCUCCUUCAGAUUCUCGCCUCGUUUUCGAUGGACUUCAGAGGAGGAACCUAUUUCAGUGGAAUGCCCUUAUUAGCGGCUACACAAGAAAUGAGCUUUGGGAUGAGGCGGUGUCUGUGUUCUGUGAAUUACUUUCCACCACGGAUCUUAGGCCUGAUAAUUUCACCUUACCAUGCGUUAUUAAGGCUUGCGGUGGGCUUUCGUGUUUGGAAUUGGGACAGGCAAUUCAUGGCAUGUCGAUGAAGAUGGAACUGGGUCCAGAUGUGUUUGUGGGUAAUGCUCUGAUUGCUAUGUAUGGCAAGUGUGGAUCAAUUGGUGAGGCAGUUAAAGUGUUUGUGAGAAUGCCCGAUAGGAAUUUGGUUUCUUGGAAUGCCAUGAUAUGUGGGUUCUCUGAAAAUGGGCUUCCGAAAGAGAGUUUCGAUGCAUUCAGGGAGAUGCUCAUUGAUGGGGAAGGUUUCACACCUGAUGUCGCAACGCUGGUGACAAUAUUGCCAGUUUGUACGGGGGAAGGAGACAUUGAAAUGGGGAGGGUGGUCCAUGGGUUAGCUGUUAAAUUAGGUCUGAGUCAUGAAAUAACAGUAAACAAUGCCAUGAUUGACAUGUAUUUGAAGUGUGGCUAUGUAAUUGAUGGCCAGGUCCUAUUUGAAAAGGCCAUUCACAGAAACGUGGUUUCUUGGAAUACCAUGAUCGGUGGUUAUUCAAGAGAAGGAUAUGUAUGCAGAACUUUUGAUCUUUUACGCCAAAUGCAAAAGGAGGAUGGUGCAACAAGGCCCAGUGUAAUAACCAUCUUGAACGCAUUGCCAGUUUGUUUAGAACAGUCAGAAUUGUGUAGAUUGAAGGAACUCCAUGGCUAUGCUUUUAGAAACGGGUUUCAAUGUGAUGAUCUGGUGGCUAAUGCUCUUGUUGCCGCUUAUGCAAAAUGUGGGUCGCUGAGAUUUGCAGACCAUGUCUUCUAUGGCAUGGAGACCAAAACGGUAAGCUCUUGGAAUGCAAUCAUUGGUGGAUAUGCACAGAAUGGAGACCCAAGAAAAGCGGUAGAUUUGUUCCUGCAAAUGACUUAUUCAGGCAUAGAGCCUGACUGGUUCAGUAUUGGUAGUCUGCUUCUAGCUUGUGCCCACCUGAAAUCUUUGAGGGAUGGAAAAGCAAUUCAUGGUUUUGUGCUGCGCAACAGUUUGGAAAUGGAUUCCUUUAUCGGUAUUUCACUAAUUUCUCUUUAUAUUCAAUGUGGAGAACCAUCAUCUUCGCGGAUAUUGUUUGAUGGUAUGGGGGAAAGAAAUCUGGUGUCAUGGAAUGCAAUGAUUGCUGGGUACUCACAGAAUGGACACCAUGACAAAACCCUUGAUCUCUUCCGCCAAAUGGUGCAGGAUGGAAUUCAACCUUCUGAGAUUGCAAUAAUGAGUGUGUUUGGGGCUUGUGCACAGUUGUCAACAUUGCGGCUUGGAAAAGAGGCCCAUUGCUUUGCUUUAAAAGAUGACUUCAUUGAAGAUCCAUUUGUUGGCAGUUCAAUCAUAGAAAUGUAUGCAAAGAGUGGUUGCAUCAAGCAAGCUCGCAUGGUUUUUGACAGAUCAAAGGAGAAAGACGUGGUGUCAUGGACCGUAAUGAUUACAGGAUAUGGACUUAAUGGAUAUGGACAAGAGUCCAUAGAGCUGUUUGAAAGUAUGCAGAGAGAAGGCUUGAAGCCAGAUGGUUUCACAUUUGUUGGUAUUUUGAUGGCAUGCAGCCAUUCAGGGCUGGUUGAAAAGGGUCUAAAAUACUUUCUAGAGAUGCAAGGGGAGCACAGCAUUGAACCUCAGAUAGAGCAUUAUGCUUGUGUGGUGGAUAUGCUUGGUAGGGCUGGACGCUUGGAUGAUGCCAUGAAACUCAUAGAGGAGAUGCCAGUAGAACCAGAUGCUGGAAUUUGGAGUGCAUUGCUCAGUGCUUGUAGAAUUCAUGGCAAUGUUGGUCUGGGGGAGAAAAUUGCUGAGAAGCUGUUAGAAUUGGAACCAGACAAGGCAGAAAAUUAUGUUGCAACCUCAAAUCUUUUUGCAGGAUCAAGGAGGUGGGAUGUUGUAAGAAGGGUGAGAGGAUGGAUGAAUGAGAUGGGCCUGCAAAAGGAGGCUGGCUGUAGUUGGAUUGAAGUUAAAGGGAAAGUUUAUAACUUUGUAGCAGGUGAUGAUGUGCUUCCCGAGUCAGAAGAGAUGUGCAGAAUGUGGCAAUCACUAGAGGAGAAGAUAAUUAAAAUUGGAUAUGUACCUGAUACAACUUUGGUGCUACAUGAGUUGGAUGAACAUGAGAAAGAAAAGAUACUGCGAGGACAUAGUGAGAAGCUUGCUAUUUCUUUUGGUCUGUUGAAGACGACUAAAGGUGUGACACUGAGAGUUUGCAAGAACCUUCGCAUAUGUGGGGAUUGCCACAAUGCAUUGAAGUUGGUGUCCAAGGUGGUGGACAGGGAAAUAGUUGUGAGGGACAACAAACGUUUCCAUCAUUUUAGACAUGGGUUAUGUUCAUGUGGAGAUUAUUGGUAGGUGGAGAAUAGAGAAUGAAGUUGUUCGUGUUUGGUGUAAGUUUGGGAUGUUGAUAGGCUCCUAAUGUUAUUUCGAAGUGCUCUUACAAUGAUGGAAGAGAUUUCAGCUGCUAAUGGUUGUAAGACAGGUCUGAAAGAGUAGAAAGAGCUGACAGGACAAGUUGUUCGUGUUUGGUGUAAGUUUGGGAUGUUGAUAGGCUCCUAAUGUUAUUUCGAAGUGCUCUUACAAUGAUGGAAGAGAUUUCAGCUGCUAAUGGUUGUAAGACAGGUCUGAAAGAGUAGAAAGAGCUGACAGGACAUGUUGAUUGAAUAUUGCAAUAGGGAGAGAUGGUGAGCAAAUUCUUCAUAGAAAUGGAGCAUGGAGGCAUUACAGACUUUGGUACGCAAGUGCUUUUUAUGGUCCAUUCAGAGAAGCUUUAGACUCAAACCCUCGUUUUGGAGACAAAAAAACUUACCAGAUGAACCCAGCAAACUACAGAGAAGCUUUGGUUGAGACCCAUGCAGAUGAGGAUGAGGGAGCUGAUAUCCUUUUGGUGAAACCUAGACUUCCAUACUUGGAUGUUAUACGGCUUCUUCGAGAUAACUCCUCACUGCCAAUUGCUGCAUAUCAGAAGGAGAACCAUGUUUGGCAAGAUCCCCCCAGCAACAACUGAGUUCUGGGCCGUGAUUAGAGGACUAAGAAAGUUUUUUGUAUGGGUGUAAAGACAAGUUUUUUGUUUUCAAAUGCUAAAGCAGUAUUAACGAAGCUCAAAGGGACAGACAAGUAGAUACCAUGGGACCAACAAGCACUUUAUGAUCAUAUUUUGGAACUUCUAUCUUUUUUUGAAAAUAUUAAAAUCAUGUAUGUAAGCAGUGAUGCCAUUUUGCGAGCCCAUGAACUGGCAAGGAGAGCUCGGCAUAUGAACUAUUUUAUAAAUAGUUACGCCAGCUCGGUAAACCUCAUUCAUCUUUUUGUGAAACCAUGUAAAGGGAUCCAAAUGUUCCCUUAACUUCCCCUUUAAUGAAUUAUAGUUUUAUCUUUGCAGAAAAAAAAAAUGUUAUCCUAAGGUUCA